CAUUAGUGCUUCGGCCGUAUCGAUCAUACCGAAGCACCUACACUCUAGGAUAACUAGACUAACUGACUAUGGACGCCGAGGAUCAGCCCAUAGCAGCCAGAACGGAUGGAGCCAACUUGCUGACCGAGUUGAUUGCCGGCAGCGUCGGAGGAGCGUGCCAGGUCAUCGUCGGACAGCCGCUCGACACGCUGAAAGUUAGAGCACAAACCGCGCCUCCGGGGACUUUCAAGAACACAUGGGACAUCGCCCGACAGACCGCUGCCAAAGAGGGCGUCUGGGCCUUCUACAAAGGCAUGGCUAGUCCGCUCAUCGGUAUCGCCGCCGUCAACUCGCUACUGUUCGCGGCAUAUGGGACAUGUAAACGCGCCAUCUCCCCGUUCGGCGAGCUGUCGCUACCGCAGACAGCCCUAGCUGGAAUGGGUGCUGGGGUGGCACAGUCCGUUCUGGCUAGUCCGGUCGAACUCGGUAAAAUUCGUAUGCAGGCACAGUACGGCGGGAAAGAGGACAAACGACUAGUCGCCGUAAUCACCGAUCUGUACAAGCGGUACGGCCUGCGACACGGCAUAAUGCGAGGGUUUUGGGCCACAAGCGCUCGGGACGCUCUUGCGUAUGCUGGGUUCUAUACCGGCUACGAGGCGACGAAACGGGCUCUCACUCCAGCGGGGACGAAAACUCCGUCCACCGGCGUGUACCUCGCAUCAGGUGCUGUUGGCGGGACGUGCUACUGGCUUGCGUGCUAUCCGCUCGACAUGGUCAAGAGCCGAGUCCAGCUUCGAGCGGAGCCUCCACGACCCGGCUUAGGAUACAUUGUGACCGAGCUCUCGGCCAUUGUGCGACAAGGCGGAGUGGCGGGUCUCUUCAAGGGCAUCGUGCCCACCCUGCUACGAGCGGUGCCGGCUGCAGCAGUCACGUUCGGAGCGUUCGAGUUGACCAAAGAUUUCAUCGUGUCCAAUCGUCUCAUUUGA